UUAUUUGAGAUGACUGCGCCCAUACAAUUUUAUUCACUUAUAUUUAAAUGAUCUAUAAAUUUAGGGCCAAUUUUCAUUCCUACACGUAAUAACAAGAAAGGUCAUACUUUAGUAUUUUGCUUUCUAAGUCAAAGGUCCGUAGUUUCAGUGGAACUAUCCGGAAUGAAGUCUAAUGUUAACUGAAUGAAGUCUAAUGUCAAAGUGGAUAUAAGUACUUAUAAUUCGACACAUUAUGUUCUUUAUUGUCAACGUGUUCUUAUAGUGGAAGGUUGUGAGUGAUGUUUGGACAAUUAUGUUGGUAUAUUUCCAGCUGCACUGUGAUUGAACUGGUUGAGGGCUAAUUACUGAUUGAUGAAUCACACAGCCGUUAUAACCCGGACGUUGGGGCAUCAGUGAUAUCAGAACGACGUUGUCAUCCACAGGAGACAGACGUUAAGCAGCAGCCAUGAUGAAGGUGAUCCUAUGCGUACUGUUGAUUGCUGGUCUGUCUGGCGUACUGGCCGACCCCGUCAUCAAGAAGAGGGCGGGCCAGCAGAGCCACUGCUACACCAGUGAAGGUGUCUUCAGCCAUGGGCAGGUGUUCAACACCGCCAGAUACCCCUGCCUCAAGUACAGGUGCGAGUUUGGCAUGGCGAGAGUAUAUGAAAUAGGAUGCCCUCACGAUGGUUCGUGCCACCGUAUUGGAAGCACGUGGUCCGCCAGUGACUGCCACACCUACACCUGCAACAAACGGUCAUACACCUCGUACGACAUUCAGAGACUGCGGUCAGGGUGCCGCGAUGCGAGUGGUAGAUGCCGCCGCCCCGGAGAACGAUUCCCCUACCACGUCCACGGCCACAUCUACCAAGACUGCACCUGCACCACCACUCCAACUGCCAUCAGCUACAGCUGCAACAACUCACGCCGCGGUACCCAGUAGGACCGAAUCAAGGGCAGGCAGCAAUAGCAGGCAGAGGGAGGGGAGGGGAAAAUAGAGACUUACGGGAAAUAUUAGGGAGGGUUCUUUGGGGAAAGGGGUAGAUUGGUUUGCGGGGAACGUACGCCCGAGAGGAAUUUAGCGAUGUUGAUUCGGCUCUAGAGUAAUAUGCGACACAUUGAAGUGUAUGGGAAGAGGUGCAGAUUUCGGAAAAUGUCAAACCAUGCCAAACGAAAAUGAUGCAUGAAAUGCUAGAUGGCUGAUUUUCGGAUCCGAAAGUCAGCACCAACUAGCUGGAGCAUUUGUGAUCAACUCGUGUUAUUCCGGAGCAAGCCGAAUAGCGAGAUUUCUUGGAGGUUACCAUUCGUAACUACUCGCCUCUUUCUGCGACCCACGCCAUCCGGCUUAUCCGGAAUUACUUCAGUAGUAGGAAAAUGGCAGGUUACGGAAAGGGGCGACUGGUGACGAAUGCUAGAGAUGCGACGGUGACCUUGAAUUAGCAUACUUCUGGUAAGCGAGCAGACGACUGAAAGAGGGCGUCAGGGUUUGGAAGGUGGAAACGUAAUAAUGAAAAACAAUGAAUAGAAUAACUUAACAUGACCCAGUCCGGUGAAUGAAGGUAAUCCACCUUGGCUACAUAUAUAUAAUAUACCAAAAUUGCUUGAUGAUCAUUCAGUUUCCUGUUUCUAUGCUGUCUGUUUUCCCGACUGCCAAACUGUAAUAAAUACAUUCCUUUA